AUGCUUGUUUAUGAUAUUAAAAGUAGUUUUGAAAGGAUAUGUACAUCCAACUAUGAUGUAUUUACCAACGAUGUUUGCCGUAAGACAACGAAAGAACAGUCCUUCAGCAGUGUGGCUUUACUUACUCUGGUAACUCAUCAGGAAAAUGGCAUCUCAUGGUAUCGUGAAGAUCGAUGCAAACGGGAUAAAGGGCUGCUUCCUGAAACACUAAAAGAGGAAAGAUUUCCUUUAAAAGAUAAUGAAAUUACAAAAAGAUGGGUUAUAAAUAUGAAGCGAGAAAACUGGUUUCCUACUACAGCCAGUUACCUCUGUUCAGCUCAUUUUGAAGAGAAAUAUAUGUACCACACAAAUGUCCAGAGACGCCUUUUGUCAAAAGCAGUACCUACUAUCUUUAACUUUCCAUCACAUUUACAAAAGCAAGAUAAAGUAUUACGACCACAACCCAGAAAGCGAUCUUUCGACAAUUUGCAAGAUAGUGCUAUUACAGUGACAUCAUUAGCACAAAUGCCUGUCGGACUCACAUCUGUUUCUGCUGACCACAAUUACUGUCUACCAAGCCCUAAGAAGUUGAAAACACAAUAUAACAGAGUACAAGUAGAGAAUGUGCGACUAAAGAAGCGGAUAAAGCAAAUGAAGCAACUUAGCGUAUGA